CCCCUUUAGACAUUGUCGACUACUUGCCUCCAACUGUCUGCGUGCAAACUCCAACGACCACAUUAAAGAUUUCCGACAUUGUGGCAGCGAUCCUGCUGUGAGUUGGGAAAGCAGGCAUGAAUCAAUCACAACCGUACGGGGCUGUAGCCCCGCGACGGACUGCGACCUACGGCUCCCAGCAUCAGAGCGACGAACUGCACAUUUCGCCGACAAUGAGCCACAGCCACCAGGCUCAGUUAUCCCCUCGCGACUUCACCACGGCGCCAGCGAAUCCCCACAUCAAGCUGGAACAGCCUGCAACUGCCUCGCAACCUGCGACUCCCGCUUACCAUCAGGGCAACUCCGCGGUGCCGAAUGUCCUACAACCGGGAGUAGGAGCGCUAGGUGGACGACCAGCAGCAAUGAGCGCCAACACGGCUCCCACGCUACCCACGAUGUCCGGAACAAUGCAACACUCGCCGAGCGAGUAUACGUCGCCCUCCUCGAAACCACCUGCUUUGAGCUUAUCGCAUAGCUAUUCUCGGUCGAGUCCCACAGCACCAUAUGAACAAUCCAACACAACCUACAGCUCAUACACACCUACGACACCUGGAAUGUCGCUCGCAGGACCCUCGUCGCAGCUAUCUUCCCAGGACAAAUAUGGAGCUCCAGGCUCCCAACGGAAUGUGUCCAACACGCCAUUGGGGCUCGCAGACAUCCGGCCGCGCGCUGACUCGAGCCUGAGUGAAGGGAAUGCCGCUGGCUUCGGCUCUGAUGCACACCCCUCGCCUAUGCCCAGCAGCUACAUUGCCCCCUGGGCCAUGUACUCUUUCGACUGGUGCAAAUGGCCCUCUCAGGGAAACGGAGCAGGCAAGAUAGCCAUCGGAAGCUACCUGGAGGACGGCCACAACUUCAUCCAGAUCCUUGAUACGCAGAUCGUGAACACCCCUACCGAAAUGUACACUCCGGGCUCAUCAAAAUUCUGCCUGGAAUUCAACAGGAUUGCCGAAGCGACGCACUCCUACCCGGUUACUCGCCUGCUGUGGGAGCCACCUUCUUCCCAGAAGCAGACUACUGAUUUGCUGGCUACUAGCGGCGACCACCUGCGUCUGUGGUCGUUACCAGCCGACCAAGGGGGCUCGUACACCAACAGAAUAAAGGAUAAAUUCGGCAGCCUUGGUAACAACGACCCUGGUCACUCUCGCAGCAAGUUGACUCCUUUAGCGCUGCUAUCAAACUCCAAGACUCCGGACCAUACCGCUCCUUUGACCUCUUUGGACUGGAACACCGUAUCCCCGAGUCUAAUAAUCACUUCGUCCAUUGAUACGACAUGUACUAUCUGGGACAUUCCUUCCCUGACCGCGAAGACCCAGCUCAUAGCUCACGACAAGGAGGUUUACGACGUCCGUUUCUGUGCCAACAGUGUGGAUGUAUUUGUGAGUUGUGGACAGGACGGUAGUGUCCGUAUGUUCGAUCUGCGCAGCUUGGAACACAGCACUAUCAUCUAUGAGCCUACUGCCAAGGACGAUCGAGGUAAUUAUGCGUCUCGUUCUGACAAGAAAACCGCUGACCGUUGCCCAGAUGCGAACGGUGGCAGGAUAAGCCCUACCCUCGCCCAGCAGACAAUGUCGAAUGCGCCUCCAUUGAUGAGGCUGGCUGCUUCUCCUCAUGAUGCCCACCUGCUAGCCACAUUUGCGCAAGAUUCGAACGUGGUUCGAAUCCUUGACGUAAGACAGCCCGGCCAGGCCCUUCUCGAGCUGCGAGGUCACUCAGCAGCCGUAAGCAGUAUCGAGUGGUCACCGAAUAAGAGAGGAACCCUUGCUUCGGGCGGAGAUGACAGCCAGGUCUUGAUCUGGGAUUUGACGAACCCUCCAAUGAGCUCGCCUUCCCCAGCUGCUAACACCGGCCCCGACAAACAUCUCACACCAGUCGCUGCCUGGCAGUGCGACUAUGAAGUCCACAACCUGAGCUGGACUACAGCAAAUGGUGAUGCUGGGGAGUGGCUUGGUGUUGGCGGUGGAAGGGGCAUUUAUGGUGUCAAGAUGGCUUAGACGUAGCAACAAGCUGGAGGGAAACGAACCAUCAUAACAAGGGGGCCAAUGAGACACGACACGAGAAAACAGAAGAAGAAUCGUGCACCGUUGGAUUGAACCCAGAGUUAUUACCACUAGCGUCACAGAGUUAUCCCUGGAAUCAAGUGGGAAGUGAUGGUA